AUGCCUGAGCAGGUGCUGCUGCUGCUGGCCGCGGGCCUGGCUGUGGGCCUGCUGCUGCUGCUGAGUCUGCUGCUGUGCUGCCUGCAGAGGAAGAAGAAUGGACAGAGUCAGUACCAGGAGCUGCUGUCCCCGGUACCAUCGGUACCAGCGUGCCCCCCUCCAGUGGUCCUGGUGUCUCAGGGCUUCUGGGCCCUGCCCAGUGACAUCCCCUUCACACUGCCUCCUCGCUUCAGCGCACAAAACAACAAGGAUUUGAUAAAUGAUGGAAGGGCAGGUAAAGAAGAGGGCCAGGGGACGAAGGUGGAGCCCCGACGCGACAUUCUGGCUCACCGUGGGUCGCUCUCAGUGAGGAGUUGGUACCCGGUCGGGUCGGUGCUGGCCGACCUCUACUCCGUGGCUCCUCUGAGCGAGGUGGUGGCCCCCCCUCCGGGCAUGAACACGCGCCUCUGCUUCUCCGUGGACUACAGACACGGCACCGAGCAGCUGAUGGUCUCCCUGCUCCGCCUCAGCAACCUGCCCCCUCGUUUCCAUGGCAACCUGACUCUGGUGGAGCUGCGGCUUCUCCCUGAUGACCGGCGGCCCCGUCAGGCCAAAGCCCGGGGAACCGGGCCCGACCCCGAGUUCAGCGACUGGUUCAUUUUCCAGGUGUCGGGAGCGUGCGUGCGUCAGAGCACCCUGAGUGUGUGCGUGCUGAGCUCACAGCAAGGCGGCAAACGCCACGCUGUGGGCAGGGUGCUGUUUCCUCUGGAGGGGGAGCACGUUCAGGCCGGCAGGGUGCUCUGGAGAGACCUGGAGCCGGAGGAAGAUCUGCAGUGUUCAGAGCUGGGCGACAUGCAGGUAUCUCUGAGCUACAGUUCAUCCCUGCAGCGCCUCUCGGUGGUGGUUUUGAGGGCUCGAGGCCUCCAGCUGCACCCAGAUGCCGGUGUGUGUGUCCAGGUGAGCUUACAGAUUCACACUCGAGCGGUGAAGGUGAAACGCAGCUGUGCGGUGAAAGGUGAGAGAGACCUCUUCUUCAACCACAGAAUGACCUUUAAACUGCGGCCGCAGCACCUGGAUGAGGCCUGUCUGAGGUUCGAGCUGCAGCAGCUGAACAACAACCGCUCAGAGCCUCCGGCCCUGCUGGGAGUGCUGGUGUUGGGUCCUUUCAUGUACGCGAGGGGGCCUCAGCUGCAGCAAUGGAUGGACAUGGUCGACCCGGCAGAGGAGCCGGUCAAGCUGUGGCACGGACUUGGCAGGGCCACUUAAGACGCCUCAUUUAAACCUCAAAUAAAACAUUUCCUGCCAUUUGUGAAUGUCAAGGCAACAUUUUUUGCUAUGCACUGAAAUCCAAAGAGGAUGCAAAACUGUCUUCAGCCCGCUUGACUGUACAGACUCUUUUUCAGCGUUUCUCUUUUGGUUCGUUAACACAGUGUCAUCUAGAGCUACACAGCUCAGGGUCAGAUAUCGUUCUCACAAGUGUGGAUGGGCCAAAAUGUUUGCCUAAAAAAGUCAGGUGAAAACAGACAUGAAGCUCUAUUUGCAGAGAUGUGUGAAUCAGAAAGUUUGAGUGAAGUCUGACAAAUGAGAAAUCAAAACCUUGAAAACACUUAGAAGACAGAAACACAUUUGAGCACAUGUAGAAAGUAUAAAAGAAGACAGCUGGUAAGAGAGGAAACUGAUCAUUUCAAUCGUAGAAACUAUUCAUAAUGUGGUGACGAGGCAUAACCGUAUGUAAAGACCUCUCCAGCAGAUGCUCCCAAAUU